AUGGGUAACAAGAAGAGUAAACUGAAUCCCCAGGUGCUUCGAGACCUCUGGGCAAGUACAGAGUUCCAGCACGUCGAGAUCAUCCAGUGGUACCGUGAUUUCAUGCGAGAGUUCCCGGACGGGCGCAUAACAAUGGACCUCUUCAAGAAGACCUACGCUAAGUUCUUUACCGCGGGCGUAGACUCGGACGAGUUCGCCGAGAGCUUGUUCCGCACGUUGGACGUCAAUAAGGACGGCUUCAUCGAUUUCCGAGAGUUUAUGCGUGGGCUAAACGCCACGUCUCGUGGCAAGCCCGACCAGAAGCUCACCUGGGCCUUCAAUGUUUACGAUCUGGACGGGGAUGGAUUUAUAGACAAAGACGAAAUGCUCCAGAUGAUUACGAACGUCUUAAAGAUGUCUGCGUCUUCUAAACCGACUCCGUCGAAGGACAACCUAGACCCGAAGAAACUGGUGGAGCAGAUAUUUGCCGCUAUGGACACGAACGGAGACGGCAAGAUCACAUUGCAAGAGUUUCUGGAAGGUAUAAAGAAGGAUCCGACUUGCGUCAACCUCCUACUAUCUGACAUAAAACCGACUUCAUAA